CUUAGCGGAACACUCUGCAGAGACACACAUAGUUUCAGAAUUCGUAUAACUUAGAAGGAGAAUUAGGGGAAUUCUUUUGUUCUUUCUGUGAAAUUUUUGCUGAGCUUCGGAAAUGGCGUUGGCUUUCAGUUCCUCGGCCACAAUUCGCGGUUCGAUUUCUGAACAGAACAAAGUCCCGCAAAUGGGAUAUUUUCAGCCGUUGGAUCGGGCGUAUCAUCAGCCGACGGCGGUGGGCUUUUCUCGUAGGCAUUCCGAUGUGAAGCCGUUGAAUGCUGAGCCACGGCGCAACGAGGCGGUUGUCGCCGCCGCAGCAACCGUUGCUGCACCUGAGACUGCUGAGAAAGUAGAGGCAGAGGAUUAUGAGAAAUUGGCUAAGCAGCUUGAAAAUGCUUCCCCACUUGAGAUUAUAGAUAAGGCCCUCGAGAAAUUUGGGGAUGAUAUUGCUAUUGCUUUCAGUGGUGCAGAAGAUGUUGCUUUGAUUGAGUAUGCACGCCUAACUGGUAGACCAUUUAGGGUGUUCAGUCUUGAUACCGGAAGGUUGAAUCCGGAGACGUAUCAGUUCUUUGAUGCAGUUGAGAAACAUUAUGACAUUCGCAUCGAGUACAUGUUUCCUGAUGCUGUUGAGGUUCAGGGUUUAGUUAGGAGCAAGGGGCUUUUCUCGUUUUACGAGGAUGGUCACCAGGAGUGCUGCCGUGUGAGGAAGGUGAGGCCGUUGAGGAGGGCGCUAAAGGGGUUACGUGCCUGGAUCACUGGGCAACGCAAAGAUCAAUCCCCCGGGACUCGAUCUGAAAUCCCGGUUGUGCAAGUCGACCCAGCGUUUGAGGGGCUGGAUGGCGGGGCUGGCAGCUUGGUGAAGUGGAACCCGGUGGCUAAUGUAAAUGGCACGGACAUUUGGAGCUUCCUUAGAGCCAUGAAUGUGCCCGUGAAUUCGUUGCACUCUCAAGGUUACAUCUCGAUCGGGUGUGAGCCCUGCACGAGGGCCGUCUUACCUGGCCAACACGAGAGAGAAGGAAGGUGGUGGUGGGAAGACGCAAAGGCCAAAGAAUGUGGUCUGCACAAAGGCAACCUCAAGGACGAAAGCUCGAAUGGCAAUGGGAAUGGCGGUGUCCACACAAACGGUGCUGCUGCCGUUGAAGCAGACAUUUUCGAGACCCAAAACAUCGUGACCUUAAACAGGCCUGGAAUCGAGAACAUGUUGAAAACCGAAGACAGGAAGGAGCCUUGGCUCGUGGUUCUUUACGCCCCCUGGUGCCAGUUCUGCCAGGGCAUGGAAGAAUCAUACGUUCAACUGGCAGAGAAUUUGGCUGGUUCAGGCGUGAAGGUUGGAAAGUUCAGGGCAGACGGGGACCAGAAAGAAUUUGCAAAGCAAGAAUUGCAGCUAGGCAGCUUCCCCACAAUCCUUUUCUUCCCCAAACAUUCAUCGCGGGCUAUCAAGUAUCCAUCCGAGAAGAGGGAUGUAGACUCAUUACUGGCUUUCGUGAAUGCAUUACGGUGAUCGAAUUGCCUUUGCAAAGUGUAGCAUAGAGGAGAGGGAUUGAAGGAGGAGUUAUUGUAGAACGUCGUCGAGGGGUGCAUCGCCAUUCACCACAUACCCCCAUUACAAAGUAGUGUUGUAUAUGUAGUGUUGGAGCUUGUUUGGUCAGGCUGGAACUUUGUUAAGAAAGAUCUACUUUGGAAUAAACCUCUAUAUAGAGUUUAAUGGAAAAGUUUGAUGGUUAAAAUGAGUGUAGUAUAAAGGAGGUUUAUUGAA